GCGUCAGUCUCCUGCGCAGCGUGAACCCGGAGCCGCCGGAGACACGACGUCUCUCCGCCGGUCGAACGCGCGUCGCGUGGAUGUAUUGAGAGUUUUUCCGGGUGACGUCGUGUUGCCGGAGGGAAGCCGCGGCUCCUCGGAGGAGCAGAGAGGAGCACGCGAGGAGGAGAAACGCGCCAGUGAACUGUUCAACCCUCCUCCGCUCCGCCACGCCUUCCCUUCUUUCCCUUUCCUCACCGCCUCCUGUUCCCCAGAGGGCAGAGCUAAGUAUGGGGUAAAAGAGCCGAGAGGAGACGCAGAGACGAGACAAGCUGAGGAGGCACCGCUCACCUGCACAGGUGGGUGCAGGACACUGUCAUGGCGGUGCAGCGGAGGAGGCUGAAGCUCGUGGUGACGGUGAUGAUGAUCAACCUCUUCAUUUUCAUCCUCAUUUUCCGACAAAGCGGUCAGGACAAGAACGGGCUCCACAAGGUGCGGAUGCCCUCCGGGCCCUUCUGGAGCAAGCUGGCUCCCGUCCCGGCGUACUGGAACCGCCAGCAGCAGAUCCUGGACUUCCAGAACAAUCCCAUCCUGGCGUCUAACUUCAACGCCUCGGAGCUGCCCGAUUGGCUCACUGAGACCAGUCUCUCCACUGAACCCUGCCAGCAGAACGUCAGGGUUACCACUCAGGUGAAAGACUACAACUCCCUCCCGGACCGCUUCAAGGACUUCCUGCUCUACAUGCACUGUCGCUCCUACCCGCUGAUGGUGGACCAGCCUCAUAUCUGUGAGGAGCCGCCAUUCCUGCUCCUAGCUAUUAAAUCCCAGGUAUCGCACUUUGACCGCCGCCAGGCUAUCCGUCAAUCGUGGGGACGGGCAGGCGUCGUGGCCAAUCAGACGGUGGCUAUUGUCUUCCUUCUUGGCAACGCCACAGUCUGGGACCACCACCCAGAUCUAUCCGGCAGCCUGCGGGACGAGAGCAACCGCCACCAGGACAUCAUCCAGUGGGAUUACCGGGAUUCGUUCUUUAAUUUAACUGUCAAAGAAGUUCUGUUCCUGGAAUGGAUCCAGACCCGCUGCCCGAUGGCUCGCUUCAUCUUCAAAGGGGACGACGACGUCUUUGUCAACACCUACCGCAUCCUGGAUUUCCUCAAGGGCCUCUCGGAGCCCAAAGCCAGGGACCUGUUUGUGGGGGAUGUGAUUACUGAGGCGGGGCCACACAGAGACAAGAAGGUCAAAUACUUCAUCCCAGAGAGCAUGUACAUUGGGAAGUAUCCCCCGUACGCAGGAGGAGGUGGGUACCUUUACUCCGGGGACGUGGCUGCCCGGCUGCACCUGGUGUCGCACCGGGUUCCGCUCUACCCAAUAGACGAUGUCUACACGGGCAUGUGUCUUAAAAAAUUAGGGCUGGGCCCCGAGAAGCACAAAGGCUUCAGGACCUUUGACAUAGAAGAGAAGUACAGGGCGAACCCCUGUGCCUAUAAGAGUUUAAUCCUUGUUCACCCAAGGACGCCGCAGCAGAUGAUCCAGAUCUGGACCUGGCUCAGUAGCCCGGACCUGAACUGCCAGUGACCUCCGUUUGGGACCCACGGAAAGGCCCCGGAGAAGAAGACAUUUUGAGGUUGUUCCCAAAACGUCCAAGUGAUAAAUAUUUGAUCUUGAACAGGGUCACGGACUAAAAGUUGGCAGCUUUAAGUGAAGAUAUUAUUCUAAUGGUCUUUGGAGCCUCGGCCCGGUGCAGUCGAUGCCUCGCACGUCUGAAAACGAGGACGGGUGUAUUGUUGACUCCGUUUCUCAAAACGACCACCAUAGUAUUUUGGCUUGAUGUCGAACUUCCUGCUUUACCGUGUCAAACGAGCUUUACCCCAAAGCGACCGUGUCUGUCUUUGCGUGCACAUAUUUAUAUUUCACAACUAUUUAUAUGGCCUUUAAAAUGCUUUAACACUGUGUCGGCUCCACGACGGAGCGUCUCAAUGCUGUAUUAUAUAAAUAUGGAGAAUGAAACCCGGGAUGUGUCCACCUGGGAUUCUCUGUUCUCUGUUCAGGGUGAGAAAUCUGAAAUAUGUGUGUCUGAAAAGAGCGAGAGGUAAAAACCAAUGGUUCCCAUGCGCGGCCGUUUAUUGCUGCGAGCUUUAAAGGGGCUUCCUGGUGAACACAUCCUGGUAAUUGUUGCUGGAGGCUUAGUUUGUGCUGCUAUUCCCAUCCACACUCCCUAAAGUAUUUACUUGUGACUUGUCCCACUAAAAAAAAACUCAACCAUUCUCUCUCUUUUAUUCUCUGUUUGCUAAUUUACAAAACAUUCAGUUUCUCAAAGACCUUCUCUCUGAUUCCUCUAAAUGGUGCUCGCUCUCUUCGCUCUUUUUUCUUUUUUUUUUAAAGAUGUAUAGUGGGAAAAGUUCAAAUCCUUCCAUCGUUUGGAAAAGGGGAGUUUGGUGGAGGGAACACACGUGUUUUCAGGAAAUGAGGGGAUAGGAGUCCAGCACUGUGCAGCUCAGCAGGUCUGGGCUUGGCUUGACGUGGAUGGAGAAAUCUAAAUGCUGUUUAACUCUGCUUCAGGCUCUCACUUUACACAAAAUGAAAAAACAGACCAAAAAACAAAAGAAAAAUGACUCUUUUUUAAACCCAAAGUGCAUUUUCAGUGAGAUGUAAAAACAUUUCUGUCUGGACUUGUGUUGAAUGUUGUUGAAUGUUGAGACGUCAGAGAGUGAAAAAUGUUUUAAACAUCAUAUCGAAGCUACGAGACACUUUCAUUACUCGACAUAUUGGCACUGAUCCUUUUAAAGGCUUCAUCUCAUAAGUUUGUGUCAAAUUCCUGUUUUGGAGGAGACGAUCUUUACUCCUCAUGUGAGGAUGCGACCGAUUACACCCUUUUUAAAAAGUUUAAUCAUGAGAAACUCACUGAUUUGUUCGACCUUCUCUCCAGGAACCUGUUUUGUUGGAAUGAACGUUGUAUUUGAAUGUCACCGCUCGGAUCCCCGAUGUUUGUCUUCACCACGCUCGCUGUCUUCUAUUCCCUCCAGGAGAAUCAUGUCAUGUUCCUCUUACAGACACUCGACACACAGAUGCACCUUUUGUGAUGAUUCACGUCUCCGAGGGCUCAGCGACCACGGAGGAGGAGGAGGAGGAGGAGGAGAGGCUCUUUCUGAACGUCCGUCUUUACGCAGGUUGAAGCAACUGAUUCUCUUCAGGAUGUCAACACUUAACAUAAGUGGCAUAAAUGUUGGUUUGAGUCUCGUGUUCAGAUGGAACCUGGUUGUUAAAACGCCUGAUGUGAGAGAGAGAGAGAUGCUGUGGACUCACGCCCUCUGUUAGAGCUCCCCCUGCUGGUUAAAGCCUCCUACACUGGCAACUCCUUGAUUCAAAGACUGUAAUACAACACCUAAUUUAUUGUGUCCUGUUUGUGUGACCAUUUGUUGUGUGGUUACCUGUGUUGGUGUGAGAGUUGAGAGACAAAUGUAAAUUAUGACAAUCACAGUGUUGCUCUGAAAGGUUUUGUUUUUAUGUGUUUUUUCUGCGGUAACCAACUUAAUAGACACUAUUUUUGCUUUGGGUGGAAAUCUGUUGUCUCCAUGUAGGAUAAAACAAACACUGAAAAAAAAAAAAGGAGACUCAAAAAGAGCCAGGAAACCGAGUGGAGCUCGUUCAUUUACUCCAAUUAAAAAUCCAUCUGUCGCAUGUUUGCUCGUCGCUGCAGUUUCUCAUUUACCAACAGUGGGUGACAUUAAAUCCUCGCUGUCCACAGUUUUUAGCUACUUGAAAUGUUUACAUGUUAUUAAAAGUCCUCAUCAUUUAUUUUUAUAAUUUCUACUUCUGUCCGAUGAUUGGCUGUUUGUGUGUUUUUUUUUCAUUUCUCCCGGCAGGUUUGAAACGUCUUUGUGGUUUUUACUGUCGGGUGUUUUUUUCUUUUCUCGUCUCUAUAAAACACCCGUGUGUGUUUUGACCGUCAGUGUUUCUCUGGUCUCGUUUCCCAGGAUGUGUCGUUCUCAGCGGGUACAGAAACAAAAACAAUGUGUACAUCGACAAGACAAGGCAAAAAUAUACAGUAAAAAUGAAAAGACAAUAAAAAUUGACUCGGGGGGAGAAAUUGAUCCAGUUAAAAUGAAACUAUUUCAAGAGUAAUAAUGUGAUAAAGAUACAGACUGAAUGUUCAGGAACCUUCAACAAACAACUUGAUGCUCACAGGAUCAAAUGUCGUUUGUGACCCACAAUGAAAGUUUUCCCAUUGGGACUCAUUUACUUUCUUCAGCCAUCAUUCAUUUCUAAUGUUUGCUGCAUUAACCCCGUGGUGACGUGUAAUAACUGAAACCUGUGGUUAUUGUUGGACAGCAGCUGCACCGGUCAGAGAUAAAAAACCAAAUCUGUGCCUGAUGUUUGUACGUACUGUAUGUAGAAGAGUAUCCUUCAGCCAUGUUAAGCGUGAUCGCUUUUUUUUUAUUACCUAGAAAGACUUGAUUGUUUGAAUAAAGUUAUAUUUUGCUGUUUUUGUAUAUACUGUUCUAUGCAUUUUUAUUGUAAUACAAAUAAAUUAUGUGACAUAA